GGAGGCGGCGGCGGCGGCGGCGGCGGCGGGGUCGGCGAUGGCUUUCGAGGCGCUGGCGGAGGCGGCGGAGCGAUGGUGCGCCCGCACGCCCUUCCAGCUCAUCGCCGCCGAGGAGACGGAGCGGCGCAUGGACUUCUACGCCGAGCCCGGCGUCUCCUUCUACGUGCUGUGCCCCGAGGCCGCCUGCGGCGACAAUUUCCACGUGUGGAGCGAAAGUGAGGACUGCUUGCCUUUUCUGCAGCUUGCACAGGACUACAUUUCUUCCUGUGGGAAAAAGACACUCCAUGAAAUAUUGGAAAAAGUCUUCAAAUCCUUCAGGCCCUUACUUGGGCUUCCAGAUGUUGAUGAUGAUGCAUUUGAAGAAUAUAACGCAGAUGUGGAAGAAGAGGAACCAGAAGCCGAUCACCAACAGAUGGGUGUCAGUCAGCAGUGAUUUUCUGAGAAGCUAUAAAAAAAUUUGGAAGCCUUUGGUACCAGGUGGGGUCAGGUGGUCCCACGUUAGCCUGUUUGAAUUAGCACAUCACAAGGGGAUAUCUGGCUGCCAAGAUAAAAGUUUUACAAAAAAUGGUUCCAAAAAAAUAAUAAUUCAUGAUGAGCUUUGCUAAGAAGACCUGAAUUUUGCUCCUGCUUCAGUGGGUUUUCUAUGGAGUUGUCUUGGUAGCAUUCUGCCGUUAUCAGUCUAGAAGUAGUUUUGUCGCUGACUUGUCUCUUCGAUUUGUGUUCGAGAGUAGUGUUUGCUGACAUGAAUGUAGAGUACUGAGAAUGUAGGAGGCGUGUGGGAAGAGUGCCCAGUCCUCACCAGUGACCUUUCCAAGGAAACCAGCACAGAGAGCAAACACAUCCUGCGCUUCUCUUUUUAGUUCAACAGCUCUAGGUUUUUGACAAAGUACCAAACAUGGAGCGACUUCUCCUGAAAAACAGUAGUUUAGUAGUGGUUUGUGCUGCAGAAGUACAUAUGAAGGCUUAACAAAAAUAAUGGGAAGCAGGAAAUCUAGGAGGUGUCAGACAUAUUGAUGUCAUUUUACUGACACCUGAGUUUCCAAGUGCUGAAUUAAUAACUGGGAGUAACUGGCACCAGCAGCACACAUUAUAACCAACUGAUAUUCCGACACCAUGUGAUCCAAAGGCAAGUGCUGCUUUCUUACAACUCAAGUAAAAAAUAGCUAUUGCCUAUCCCACUUCUGCAUGACAACUAACUUUAAGCUUUGCCGGUUUUGAUACGCUGCCAAAUUAUUACUCAAACCUUGUGGCAUCAUGCAUUAGACCCAUAGAAUCAUAGAAUACACUGAGUUGGAAAAGACCCGUCAGGAUCCUUGAGUCCAACUCCUGGCCUUGCACAGGAUACUCCAAGAGCCACAGAGUGUGGCCACAGAGUGUGCCUGAGAGCAUUGUUCAAAUCCAUCUUGAGCUCUGUGAGGCUUGCGCUGUGGCCACUUCCCUGGGGAGCCUGUUCUGGUGCCCAACUACCGUCUGGGUAUGGAACCUUCUUCUGAUAUCCAACCUAAACCUCUCAGUUUCAGGCCAUUCUCUCGGGUCCUGGCACGGUAAUAAGAGUGAAUAGAUCUGUAGCUGCCCUUGUUCCACUCCUGAGGUUGCUGAAGACCACAAUGAGGUCUCCCCUCAGUCUCCUCCAGGCUGAACAGACCAAGUGACCUCAGCCACUCCUCACCACACUUCCCUUCCAGAUCCUUCACCAUUCUUGUUGCCCUCCUCUGGAUACUAUCUAAUAGUUAAAUAUCUUCUUUACAUUGUGGCUGCCAAAACUGCCCCCAGCACUUGAGGUGAGGCUGCCCCAGUGCAGAGCAGAGCGGGACAAUCUCCUCUCUUGCCUUGCUGUGCCUGAUGGCCCCAGGAGAUGCUUGUCCCUCCUGACUGCCAGGGCACUGUUGACUCACAUUCAACUUGCCAUCAACCAGGACUCACAGGUCCCUUUCCACAGCAUUGCUCUCCAGCCUCUCAUUCCCUGAUCUUUACACACAACCAGGGUUGCCCUGUCCCAGGUGCAGAAUCCAGCACUUGUCCCUGUUAAAACUUCAUACAGUUGGUGAUUGCCCAUUUCUCUAAUUUGUCGACGUCUCUCUGUAGGGCCUCUCUGCCCUCCAGAGAGUUGACAGGUCCUCCAAAUUUAGUGUUGCCAGUGAAAUUAAUAUUCCUUCAAGUCGUGCAUCCUGGUUGUUAAUGAGAUGUUGAAGAGCACAGGGCCAAGGAUGGAGCCCUGUGGUACCCCACUGGUGACAGAUUGCCAGUCUGAUGUCACCCAUUCACUGUAAUCCUUUGUGCCCAGCCAGUGAACCAGUUGCUCACCCAUCUCAUGACAUGUUUAUCCAGCUGUAUGCUGGACAUUUUGGUCAGAAGGGUAUUUUUGAUACAGUAUCAAAAGCUUUACCAAACUCCAAAUAUAUUACUUCAACUUGCUUCCCUUGAUCAGUUAGGUGAAUUACCUUGUCAUAAAAGGAAAUCAGCUUUGACAAGCAGGACUUUCCCUUCAUGAAGCCAUGCUGGCUGUGACCAGUGACUGCAUUGUACUCCAGGUACAUAUAUAUCAUUCCAGAAUAAUAUUUUCCAUUAUUUUACUGGGCACUGAGGUGAGACCAACAGGCCUGUAGUUUCCGAGAUCUUCCUUGAGUGCAACUUGAAUGCAACUUAACACUGAAGCCAUAAGGGUAUCAACCAGCACCUGGUUCUUAAAAUUAUGCUGGACCUCUUCCUGGGCCUUUGAGCUAGUCUGGGCAUUUACAUCUUAUUGGAGGGGAGCUGAAAUACUGCUUCAGCUGCUAUAAAAUCUGGUGAGAUUUUACUUAUCAGGGGACUUGCUCCCCAAAGGGUUUGGUGAAGGUCUUAGUAUGAAGAAGACAACCCCUCAUAUUUUUUACCUGUUUUACAUAGUUGCAAGUAACUUGGAUGAGUGCCGGACUGUGAACAUGCAGGGUUUCUUUAUCUACUUGCCUUUUGUACUGAAAAUAUAAGAAGCAAAAGUAAUUCUGUUGUAAUACAGCUGUUUUCCAUAAUCAAGAAAGAUGUUUCUAAAUUUCCUCCUUUUUUUUUUCCAAUUUUUUAAAAAUUGUGAAACGAAGGUCACAGGCUUUAAAAGCCCUUUUAUACAGAAUUAGCUUUAUAAAAACAAAGAGUGAGUGAAGAGAAUAUGCUUGGACAACUCCUAUAAACAACUUGCAUCAUUUUGAAAACCCCGUUGUUAAUGAUAUCUCCUUUUCAAUAGAUUUUAUAGAGACUCUUUUUCCAGGGUUACUAAAGAGAGCAAGUUUUCUUGAUGGUUUACAAUUAUGAUGGUGGCUUGAGAGACGCAUAGCACAUGAUUUUUUCUGUCAGAGACAAAGAUCUUCCAUAACUGGGACUAUGUUUGUUACCUGAGUCUGCACAGAAGUGUCUGCAACACUGUAAAAGAGUUUAAGAAUAUAGAAAAAAAAAAAAAAAAGGAAGAGAAACAGAGCUUAAUGCAAUUUUGUACAUUCUUUCAGCAUGCAGGCAUAGUCAUGGUAGUUGCAGCACCUUUUCUAUGGACUAGUGACAUGAGAACUGUGGCAGUUCACUGUAUAACACUGUACAGCAGCAAUAGGCUUUUUGCUUACUGAAAUAAAAUGUAAGACCAGUGGUUUCCAUCCCUGCUUUAAGCCCCUAAAUUUUUCUUUCUUCUCCAGCUUGGACAGAUGCUAUAACCUUAAACAGAACCUUCCUUUGGAAGAGCCUUUCUCUUCAUAGCAUCCAACCCGUGGGUUAUGGCUCACAGAAGUAGAUCUUAUGGGGCUGGCUUUCCUCUGUCUGCUCUAGUGUAAUGGCAAGUGAGCAAUUCACAGUAGUGCAAGCUGGAGACAAAGUCCUGCUGUUCAGGUUUGCUAGGCCAUUUGUUUGAGGGGCAGGUGGCUGGCACCAGUGUGCAGGUGCAGGCACCCCCCACACACUUGCACGGUGAGCUGGGCUGUGAGCCCAGCCUGACCAGGACACAACCCUCUGCCUUUUACAGACAGGCAGGCUUCCAGCUGGAUCGCUCCCACCAUCUGGCUCAGCGUGUGGCUGCACAGAUGAGUGCUGCCACAGCAGAGGGGAGGGUGCAGGGUGGACAUGGGUAGUAGCUGAGGACCUGCUGCUAAAUGUGCUUUGCAUGGUGUCAGGGGCCUGUGGCAGAGGUCUGGACUGGCCUAAAUGCUGUGAGGGAUUGACUCCACAAGGCUCAGUGAGAACUGGGCACUGGUGGCAGUGGGAUAGGUAGGAAUUAAUGAAAUGAGGAAAGACUAAGAUCCAGUGCUUGUAAUUGCAUGCAGGAGGUUGUAAUGUGUACUGCACUCUGCUACCUUUCCCUGCAUAUUGAUUGAAUUGUUAAUGAGCGGUUGAGCAUUAAUACAGUUGCAAGCAAACAACGCUGUAAAUUAUGUAGAUAUAUUAUUAUUAUUAUUUUCUGUAUUCACUAACUCACUUUUGCUUUGGAAUGUCAUAUGCCAUUUGAGUGACUUCCACACAGACUGCAAGUGCUGGACAGCCAGCCCUUAUGCAGCACUCUCCCCUGCAAAACUCCCACUGAAGCCAGUGAGAUUUUGUUCAGACAGGACCUGCAGGACAAGGGGUUGUGUGAGGCUUGGUCCUGCAGAAAGCUCAGUGCUCUCAUUUCCUCCCACUUUGCUAGGAGCCGAAUGUGUUGAACCCUGCUGCUGAACUGAAGCAUGACCAGGCAGCACUGAGAAUAAACUGGAAUUUUAUACAUAAAAAAUUUAAUUUACAUGUAAUAAAUGUGAAUGAGCACUAAUAUAGAAUGUAUUUUAUCAAAAAAUAUUGAUUCCUUACUUUGACCAAAUACAUUUCUGUAUUACUGUGUUACUUUUUCAUACUUGCCAAAUGUUGCAAGAGGUGUGGAACUGGUUUGGUUGUACUACAAAAUGUUUUUGUAUUUCAUUUGUAUUUUAUUUUUCCCUCCCUCCUACCACAUAUUGCAGCUAGUAGCCAUUCAAUAAUUCAUCAGGAGUAGCAUGACCCAGUGACUAGGCUGCCAGACUGAGACACAAGAUUUGCCAACACAUGCAUAAAUGCUUGCAGACCUGGAUACUUGGUGAUACGUGGGUUUGUAGCUCUGCCAUUGCCUUGCCCUGAGCUUUAGGCAGGUCUCAGUCUCUGAGAAUUCAGGGCAGGCUUUCAGUUCUGCAUGCAGGCCUCUGGAAAAUUGAGCAGGAGCGGGAUAAGUCCUUUGAGAGUCCCACCUUUGUAAAAGGGACUGUUACUAUUAUUUGUCCAGCAGCAUAUAUAGUGCUUUAGGUCUGUUGGUGAACAGAGAUACCACUGUCAUUGCCUAUCCUCAGAGCAAACCAGUAAUGAAAUGACACAGAAGGGUCUCCCUUUUCCCUUGGCCUUCCUCAUAGGCAUUUCAUGCUCCAACUAAAUACAUAUAAAUAAAUACAGCAGAGCAGAGCCUCUUGCAGAACUGGUGCUUCUGAAUGUGAGUUGCAUGAAUGCAAACAGCAGAGUGCUGCUUGGGCAAUGAGAAAUACAUGGGAUGCCAGAUGGAAAGGCAGAUUUCAGAACUGUUAUGAGUGCAGGGGCAAGAGUGAACAAAGCCCCUUCAGAGAGGGAGAUGCUGAGAUUUCUGAGACAGCCAAAACCAUCCUGCCAAGUAUCUGCAUAGUGAACCGUGUGCAUGAUGACCUGAGCCCUUACCAGACUUCAGCUCCAUCUCCUGCCCUGCUUCUGGCUCUUUUCCAGGCAGUUUCCCUCCACGCAUAGUGCUGUGCCUUUGAAAGUCUCAUUCUUGUAAGAAUGCCACUUUUUCUGGGAAUAGCCAUAGUUAGUUUUCCUGCAUCAGUGACAUGCAUGUCUGCUGCUGCAUCUUGUCACUGUCCCAUGGAAGGUGCUGUGUGAGAUGGUGGCUGGGGGCAGCGGGGAGGAGUGUCUGCUGCAACAUUGCUGAGUAGAACCCUGCCAUUUACCCCUCUGCAAGGUGGGACAUGAGACUGUGACAGUAAAAACAAUUGCAAUACCAUUGUGGACAUUAUUUUGGAAAGCUGCCAUUCUGGACAUAUUCCCAGCCUCUUUCAGCAUCUUUCCUGAUCUUUGGGAUCCAGAGCUGAUGUCAAUGACUGUUUCACUCAGUGUUAGCUUUAGCAGUGGCAGGAGGUGAGGAUGCAUCUUUACCCUGUGUCCAUCCUUCCCUCCUUAGCGUGGUGGUCUUCUCAGAAGUUCUUACUCUCAGAAGAAGGGAAGCAUAGGAGGGAGGAGAGAAACACCUCUUUACCUCUCACAGCUUGUAGGCAGGUGUAUCGGUGGAUCUGCAGUUCAGAACAUUGUGAGUCACACUGUCCUUUCUCUGCAGGGGGAUUAGAUGGCAUGGGAGAUGUGUUAUCCCUUGAGGACCUGUGGGUGGUCCAUGCCAGACAGGGGUUGUGCAGAAGACAGCAGUCAUUUUAGGUGCCAAACCUAGUAUCUUUUCACAGGCAGUUCUGUCUAGCCAGAUAAUCCAGUCUCUGAAAAUCAUAACCCAUUGAGGCUCUCCAGGUUGGGCAUCCAGAAAAUGAGACUUGUCUGGUUGCCUUGGGCACUGGGAGGUCUCUUUCUCAGUGCUGGCUGUUUUUGGUCUGGCCAGAGGACAUGGGAAAUUGGGAAAGAUCCCUUCAGGGACAUUAGCUGGAUGCCCUUUUCUGUAAAUUGCUGAGCAGAGGCAAAUGCUUUGUUUUGUGUGUUUAAUUCUGGCAGGACCUCCCCUCCUCCCCAGCAGCCUGUCUCUGCAGACAGCUGCAGCUGGGAAAGCUUUGUGUGAGAGCCAGGCAGGAGUGACUCAGGGCAGCAGCUCCUAGACCCUGUAACAGGCUGGACUUGGGGUCACCCUUGCAUGGUAACAAUGGAGCUGAAGGCUCAGGGCACAUCACUUCCAAUGCAGAUAUUUAAAUAGAGUCCUUAAAUUUGAUCCAUAGAGGGCAGACCCUGUCACUGGGUUUUUAUUGGACUUCUGAGACUUAGUUGCACUGUUGGUGUCUGAUGUCUGUGGCAGGUGGGCAGGGGAAACCUCUUCACUUAACCACGUUUACUUGUUCAGUGAGCCAAAUAGUCUUUUACAUGAUCUGUGUUUGAAUUUUUUUUUAACAUUGGUGAUUUUUUUUUUCAAGAAAGACAGUCCCUAAAGACACACCCACAUUAUUGCAAACCCCAAUUAAUACAGAGCUGAGUAGCACUGCACUGUCACUAUGAGCUUGGAUAUAAAAAAAAAAUACAGAUUAAUGAAAAGGGCCUUCAUUUGUCUACAAGGAAAAAACCCCAAACUUCUUUGAACUAGUUAUUGCUGACUACAGUGAAGCUUACUGGUUUCAUGUAAAAUACAUUGAACUUUGAAAUUCCCUUUCUGUAUCAACAUGCUGUUGCUCAUGUAGGCAAAGAUCUGUGGUAACACUGCAUGUAAAAAGAAGCUUUCAUCUUCAGGGGUGGUGGUGGUAGAAAUGUCAGCUCUGGAUUUCAGUCAAUGCAAUUCUUUUGUCAAGUUUUCCUUUACUAAUGCAGGGACUAGUCAGCCCUCCACACAUCAAGCAGAAAUCAUGUGCGACACCGUGCCAAGGCUGUCUUUGGUUUGGUUUCCACCAUUUUUCUGGCUGGAAGACCUAUCUGUCUUUGGGACUAUAAAGCUGUGAAAGGAGUCAGCAAAAGAAGUUGCCCUUUUGUUCAGCACUUUGAAAGGUGUAAGCCUUCAGUGGAGCACUGCCUGCCUUCUGAUUCUCCUUCCUCUGAUCCUCAUCUACCACCAAGGUGUUAAAUCCAGCAGUGUCAUUACACCAUGAGCUUCCCAUUAAAGAGCUUACCAAAC